AUGAUUGAUGGUUUAUGCAGUAAUUUCCCUUAUUACCUCCUGAUCGGGUCGUUCACCCAUGCGGUCGUAUUUAACAGAAGUAAGCGUAUAAAGUACUUGCCAUCACAUAAUACAUUCUUCUGUCAUUACUUUAUAUGCUGUAUUAUUAGUGUACUAAUAAAGUGCCUAUUUAAUGGUCAUAGACCAGUUAGUAGUAAUAUACCACAGGGCUGGUAUAAAUUACUAUCACUACCACCCGUAUACGGAUAUGCACGUACGGUCGUAUAUAAGUAUACAUCAAAUAUAUUACGUAUACAGCCUACAUUAGACAUACUUAAUAUACCCAUAGGCAUAUCAAGCAUAAAGAACAGGUACUUUAAGUCAGGUACACCAAGUAGUCACAGUAUCAUAUCUGGGUACUUAAUUAGUACACUGUACAGAUACAAGUAUAAUAAAAUAACAGUAAUACUGCCCAUACUUAUACCUAUAAGUAGGGUUAUACACAAACAUCAUUAUAUAUACCAAGUUGUAUUAGGUGUAAUUAUAGGAUAUUUAUUGGAAUUAAUAUUUUAUUACCAUAAAUGGAAAUAACGGUUACCAUAAAUAGAAAUAUUUUAUUAAUUAAUAAAAUUAUAACUCCU